AUGGCGUCAAGUGCAGGACUCCUAACGCUGGCUGUGCUCCUGGGCACUGCCUCGGCUCUGGGCACCUUUUAUGGACAGAGUGUUAAUUUUAUGCCUGUUCAGAAGAAUAAAGAUGGGACCCUUGAGGUGAGCUUCCACUAUCGGCAGAACAGCAGGGCCAGCUGUGUGAACGAUCUGGCCUACAGAUGUGAGACGGGGCUCUGCACGAGCCUCGAGAGCACAGGGGCCUCGCAGACGGACAGGGAUAACUCCGGCCAAGUCAGGUGGUGCCAGUCCGAGGGCCGAGCCACGGCAAACGUCCCACAUAAUGAGUCCUCCGUCACUCUGAGGGACUCGGGCUGCUGCUGGGCGUCCAACGUCGGAGGAAGAGCAAACUGGACGGCUCAAGCCGAGGUGGACCUGGGAACUCGAUCCGACACACACACCUUCAACAGGUGUCCCGUCACGGCGACGGUGGCAUCCUUACGGGCUCCUCAGAACUGUUUUUCAAGGCUUCGUCUUUUGGCUCACGAUCCGGACGGAGAUCCUGUGAGAUGCCGUUUCGCUGAAAACGCCAGUGCGCCCGCGAAUGUCGAGCUCGACGAGGGGGAGUGCACAGUGCGAGCCGCUGGCCAGCUGGCCGUCGGCGUCCACGUGUUUGAGCUGCUGCUGGACGACUUCUCCGCCCAGAACAUCACCAUGUCCUACGCUAACGGGACGUCAGCGGUCAGAAAGGCCUUCAACGCGUCCUCGAGCGACAACUCAGCCCCUCUCUGCCGAGUCCCACUGCACUUUGCACUGGAGAUCCUCCCUCCGCUGCCCAGCUGUGUGGCGGGCCACGUGCUGCCCCAGUUCUUGCUGCAGACCCCGUCGCACGGCGAAGUUCAUCACGCCUCUGUGGGCGAGAAGUUCCAGCUUUACGCCGAAGCACAGGCUCACCACGCCAACAUAAACGACUUCCAGGUCAGCGGGCCCCUGAACAUGACCAAAGAGUACAAGAAAGGCAAAUUUGGGAAAGCUGAGGUCACUCUGAGCUGGACCCCACAGCUGCAGGACCUGAACCGAGUCGCCCCCCUCUGUUUCACUGCAGAAACACAGGACAGCCAAUCAGAGAUGAGGUGUGUCGUCGUCAGGGUGACCAGAUCGGCCAUCGCUAAAGGUAAGGCCAUCGUGACGUGCUCAGCCAGUCAGAUGACGGUUGCCCUUGACAAAGCGUCCAUGCCCGACAUUGACACCAGCUGGCUGAAGCUGAGGGACCCGUCCUGCUCUCUCACCGCCAACGCCACUCACAUCAUGGCCUCCAUGUCUUUCAGCACCUGUGGCACCAAAGUCGAGGAUAAAGGCGACUUCAUCGUCUUCAACAAUGAGAUCGACUCCUUCGAGCAGCCCAACACGGUUAUAACCCGCAGACGGACGGUCAGCAUCGGCUUCUCGUGCCAGUUCCCCAAGACCAGCAGCAUCUCGAGCUACUACAACCUCCACAGGUCUGACUACGUGUUCACCGAGUCCAGCUUCGGCAGCUUCAGCUACAGCUUUGACUUCUUCACCGAUAACAAUUUCACCGAUAAGUUCGCCCCCAAAGCGUAUCCGCUGGAGGUCAAGCUGAUGGAUAUGGUUUACAUGGGCAUCCAGGCUCAAACUGCACUGCCGGACGUCACUCUGUUCAUCGAGUCCUGCAAAGCCACGCCCGACGACAACCCCGAGAGCAGCCUCUUCUACGACCUCAUCCACAACGGGUGCCUGAAGGAUGAGACAGUGAAAGUCUUCCCGUCUGAUCCGAUGUCCUUCCAGUUUGAGGUUCAAGCCUUCAAGUUCACCGGAAACUUCGACCAGGUGUACAUCACGUGCUCCGUCAUCCUGUGCCAGGCGGGGAAUCCCGUGUCCAGGUGCGCCCAGGGCUGCCUGCAGGACCCGGCCCGCAGGCGCCGCCGGUCACAGGCCAUGGAGACGGGCAGCCACUACAUUACCCAGGGUCCCCUGGAGCUGGUCAGGCAGAGCAACGCAGAGAAGAAGGACUCAGUGAAGGAGGAUGCAGUGGUGCCCCCCACAGCGAGCGUUCCGGCGGACCCUCGGCACAGUGGCAGCGGCAGCGGCGGCUGGACGCUCCUCGGCAGCAACAUCAGCACCGUGGUGUUCGCCGGCCUGUUCGUGGUGUCGCUGGUGGUCCUGGCGCUGGUGGUGCGUCACAUGACCAGGAAGAGACGGGCAGACGAUCACAGCUCUCUUCUGGUCACAGAGAUGGAGAGCUGAGCGCGUUCAGAACACACAUCUGUACCAAGGUUAUUAUAGUCAACUAAAACUAAACACUAAAACUGGGGUGGGAAAACAUUUUAGUUCAUGGAAAUUAAAAUAAAAACUAGACUUUAACUUUAACUAGGCUAGAAACCAUAUUGUGCGCUUACAAAACUAACUGAACUAAGCUCAGAGUGUGUGUGCAGUGUGUUUAGUGCUGCUGCUGAUCAGUUUGGUCAGAUGUGU